AUGGACACUUAUCGUCUUGCCGGACCCGCAUCAAGAGCGCUCCACAUUGACGACUUGCAGCCCAAGAAGGUCACAGUUUCCAAAGGUCCGUGGCAAAUCCUCAUGAAGAAUGAACUCCACGCUACCAACGUUUCACACAAUCACAUUUCCGAGAUCGCGGCUGGGUGCGACGACGCUGGUCAACAUCAUGGACUUCAGUCACAUAUAUACUCUCGCGCUACGUGGAGAUAUAGUCCCCGGGCCUCUCUGGAACCGCAAGCGCACUAUCGAUUCUUACAGGGCGCCGUUGACAUUCAUCUCUCAGAAUUUAGCAACCCCAGACAGCUGAUGAUGGCAAUCGCUGAUGCCUUCGACGGCGAGCUUCUCUUUCUUUCUACAACCACGAUCCUAAUUGACGUCCAGUUUUUCAGCUCAUAA